AUUCAAAGGAGCGACAGACAACUUCCCUGGGAUUCCUGGGCCAGCAACCAGUGCAGCCUUCACAUCCACCACCAUAACUCGCAUCACUCAGAUCAUUGCAGAGCGCCAGCCCUGACUUUCCCGAAGGCGCCUCCUCCAAACAGCCCUCCAGCAAUGGUGUCUUCGUCCUUUUCUCCUACCUCCAUGAGUGCAUAUAGCCUGAGUUCCCUGAACAUGGGGACUUUACCACGAAGCCUCUACUCCACUAGCCCACGAGGAACCAUGAUGAGGAGGAGACUGAAAAAGAAAGACUUCAAAAGCUCACUGUCAUUAGCCUCUAGCACAGUGGGAUUGGCUGGACAGGUUGUUCACACGGAAACCACAGAGGUUGUGCUGACAGCAGAUCCUGUCACAGGGUUUGGAAUCCAACUGCAGGGCAGCGUGUUUGCUACAGAGACACUCUCUUCCCCUCCUCUGAUUUCCUAUAUUGAAGCUGACAGCCCAGCAGAGAGGUGAGGUACUUCUCUUUCCCAGAAGCUUUUCUGCUCUGCAUU